UCUACACACGGAAGGAGAGGCAGCUGUUUACACCUCAGAACAACAACUUCCACAGAAGGACACAAGAAGGGACAUCGAAGAAAAAUAUUUCAAAGACUGAAUGUGGAAUUUAAGGCAAAGGAAACUCCAAAAAGAACACAACUUUGUCGAGUAGUAAGUGUUCUAACUUGUUUUCUGCCUCGUGAGUCCAGCGUUAGUCGGGGACAAAAUGUCCUCACGGUUAGAGAAGAAUCUCUCCUGUGCUUUUUGUUAUGACAUAUACAGAAAACCAGUCAUCCUACCAUGCAGCCACAGCUUCUGUGACGACUGUCUGAAGAAGUGGUGGGCAGGGAAACAAACCCGGGAGUGUCCGCUUUGUAAGAGGGAAUCUGGAAGAAAACCUCCUCCAUCUAAUUUAGCAUUAAGGAACCUGUGUGAAGCCUUUUUACUGGAGAAGGGUCAAAACGCAUCCAGACGAUCAGAGGUUCUCUGCAGUCUGCACUCUGAGAAACUCAAACUCUUCUGUCUGGACCAUCAGGAGCCUUUUUGUGUCGUCUGUCGAGAUUCUAAAGAACACAACGACCACAAAUUCAGACCCAUCGAUGAAGCUGCACAGGAUCUCAGAGAGGAUAUCCAGAGAUCUAUGAAAACUCUGCAGAAUAAAUUGAAGCUCAGCCUACAAGUUAAAAUGAAAUUUGAUCAAACAGCAGAUCAUAUUAAAGUCCAGGCCAGAAACACAGAGUGGCGGAUAAAGGAGCAGUUUAAGAAGCUUCACCAGUUUCUACAAGAAGAAGAGGAGGUCAGGAUCUCUGCUCUGAGGGAGGAAGAGAAACAGAAGAGUCAGAGGAUGAAGGAGAAGAUUGAGGCUCUGAACAGAGAGAUAGCAGCUCUGUCAGACACAAUCAGAGUCACAGAGAACGAGCUGAGAGCUGCAGACGUCUCAUUCCUGAAAAACUACAAGGCUGCAGUGAAAAGAGUCCAGCAGCGCACCCUGCUGGAGGAUCCACAGCAGGUCUCAGGAGCUCUGAUCGACGAGGCCAAACACCUGGGUAACCUGACCCACAACAUCUGGAACAAGAUGAAGGAGAGGUUCUCCUACACUCCUGUGAUUCUGGAUCCAAACUCGGCUCAUCCAAAACUCGUUCUGUCUGAAGAUCUGACCAGUGUGAGACACGGAGAGGCACAGAAGCUUCCAGAUAAUCCAGAGAGGUUUGAUGGGAAUCCAUUGGUCAUGGGCUCUGAGGGAUUGGACUCAGGGAGUCACAUCUGGGUGGUUGAGGUUGGAGACUGUCUUCGGUGGAUUGUUGGUGUGGCAGCAGAGUCUUUCCAAAGAAAAGGAUGCACAAACAUGAGAUCUGGGUCAUGGACAUUAGCGUACGCUGACUGUAAAUACUUAAUAAUGUCCCCACUGAAUCCUGCUGCUGUCAUCCCGGUGCAGAAGAAACUGCGUCUGGUCCGAGUGAAUCUGGACUUUGAUGAAGGCCGGUUGUCGUUCUCUGAUCCUGAUACCGACACACAAUUACACACCUUCACACACACCUUCACUGAGAAGAUGUAUCCACUGAUUACCUCUGUGCACGCCCUCCCACUGAAGAUAUUACCAGAAGGUUCUUAUGAGAAUGAAGGAGAAGAAGAAGGAGAAGAAGGAGAAGGAGAAGAAGGAGAAGGAGAAGGAGAAGGAGAAGAAGAAGAAGAAGAAGAAGGAGAAGGAGAAGAAGAAGAAGGAGAAGAAGAAGAAGAAGAAGAAGGAGAAGGAGAAGAAGGAGAAGAAGAAGAAGCUGAGGAUGAGGAUAAUAACUCCUCCAAUACUGAAAACGAUGAUGAUGAAAAUUCUGAUUCAGUUGAAGAUGACAAAGAUAAAAAUGAUGAUGUUGAUGACACAUGGUUAACUCCUAUUUCUCCAUUCGAGCUCUGAAAUAAUGGGCUCCCCAUGUAUGUUGGAUAGUGAUCAGUAAUCACUCAUAGUAACAAAACAGGAAAAUUAAGUGUACGUCAAAGGGCGGGGCUGAUGACAUAUCAUGCAUCAGAUGCAAACUUUGUACACAUAGUGAAGCUGCUUUGUACUCUUUCUAAUGUAAAUAACUUCUUUACCACUCUUUGGUUAAUACUGUGCAUACGUUCAGUUACACGUCGCUCUGAUAGAAAGACCAUCACAGCUUCAGACUUCGUCCUCCACCCAACCCGACGUUUACAUAAUUCAAGGAUCAAAAUGUUUGUGUUUCUUUACAUUUCCUUGGGUCACUUACAGAUGUCAAAUGUUUUCCUUCUCAAGUCUUUAAAAACACUAACACUAAUACUAUUAUUUCAUACAUCAUCUUAUGAAAUGUUACUUUAUUUGAUGUUCUUUUUAUUGAUAUAUCUUUAUGUCAGCAUGAAUUGCCUUUGUAUGAAAUGUGUUUCUUAAUAAACUCACUGCAGUUGUUGCCUCUG